AUGGAAGACGACCGCCGUGUCGGUGAUCUAGUCGGGGAACUUGUCUGCCAUUUACAAAGCGAUUCUUCCUCUCCACACUCUAACUCAAACCCUAAACCUAACCCUAACUCUGAAGAUGUCAAGUACGCCAUUCGCAUUCUAUCCAGCCGAAUGACGCCAUUGACAGUGACUAACGAAGCCGCUAUGGCUAACUCCAUAAAGAGUCACAUGGCUAAACAAGGUAAGCUAUCUGAUGCGUUAACUUUUGCAGAUCUUUAUUCUAGAUUCGCUUCUAAAACUGGACCUGGUAGUGUUAAGAACAAGCGCGCCGUGCUUUAUUUGCUCAAAGUCAUUUCCGAAGAUCGAAGUAGCAACCCUAAAUUCCAAACGGAUCGGAGCUUUGCUGCCUCUGACACCAAUGGGAAUGAUCCUAGUGAUUUAAAGGACAGAUCGAAAGGUCGGAAUGAUAAUUUAAGGGCAUUGAGUGAUCACAACUUGAAAAAAUUGAAAAAUGGAGGGGUUUUAUCUAUUUCCAGAGACCCCGAUGAUAUGCGGGAUAUGGCUUACAGAGAGUUUGCUACAUUAGUAAACAUGGAGAGUGAUGUUUCAGAGGAGGUUUUGGUGAGUGAUGUGUUGUCUGUUUGUCAAGGAAUCGACGGAAAGUAUGUGAAAUUUGAUGAUACUGUUGAUGGAUAUGUUCUACCAGACUCUAUCAAGGUUCCAAAAGCUACUAGAAUCAUGAUUCGUAAGCUAUGUGAGCUUGGAUGGUUGUAUCAAAAGGUAAUCAGAUAUAUUUGUGAGAAUAUAGAUGGUUUUCCCAGUGAAAAUGUUGGAAAGGUUGCUGAAGCAUUCUGCUAUGCAUUACAAGAUGAGCUAUUAGGGUAUGAUAAGUUGCUGACAACACUUCAAUCACAUGAUCUUUCUCUGAGGCGACUCUCAGUCUGGUUAGUUGAGUCAAUGGUGAAGAUGAGGCGAAUGGCUGUUCUUGUAGACAGUUGCAGGUCUCUAAAGGGUGGGGCAAUGGCUGGAGCAAUUCACUUACACGCCCAACAUGGUGAUCCUCUUCUUCAUGAUUUCAUGAAACAAUUACUUCAAAAACUCUCGUCUCCUCUUUUCGAAAUGGUAAGGAGUUGGGUCUUGGAAGGCGAUCUUCAAGAUUCAUACUCUGAGUUCUUUGUCUCUGAACAAUCUGUCAAACCAGAAUCUCUCUGGAGGGAAGGUUACAAAGUCAACUAUCUCAUGCUUCCUUCUUUCAUCUCUCAAUCUCUUGCUCAUCAGAUUCUAAGAACAGGUAAGUCCAUUAAUUUUCUUAAAGUUUGUUGUAAUGAUCAUACUUGGGCUGAUUUAGCAACAGAAAGCACAUGUUCCACAUGGACAAAUCCCAAGAGAGGGGGUCUUGGAUAUGGUGAAACUAAUGCACUUGAAUCUUUAGUCACUGAAUCAUCAAAACGAAUAGAUAAACAUUUAAUGGAUGUAAUUUUCAAUCGAUACAAGUUUAAAGAACACUGUCUAGCUAUCAAAAGAUAUAUCCUCUUAGGUCAAGGUGAUUUUGUUCAAUACCUAAUGGAACUCAUUGAGCCAGUGCUUUUAGACCCUGCAAACACAAUCAGCUUAUUUCAUCUUUCUGGGCUAUUACAAAAAGCAAUUUUGUCAUCUAGUGCACAACAUGAUGAUCCCGAUAUUUUAGAUAGAUUAACAGUUAAGAUGAUGCCACAUGGCACAACAGAUGGGGUCCAUGACAUUGGCUGGGAUGUGUUUUCUUUGAAUUAUGAUCCAAGAGUUCCAUUGAACACCAUAAUUACAGAAUCUGCCAUGGGUGAUUACUUGAAAAUCUUUAACUUUUUAUGGAAGAUCAGAAGGGUAGAACAUGGAAUCCUUCGUUCAUGGAAAACCAUGAAACCGAAUUUGAUUACUUAUUUACUGACUAAGUUGCCAAAGGGUGUAAAGUUCCAGAUAGUUUUAAGACGUUGCCAAGUUCUUUGGGGGCAAAUGAGUCAUUUCCUGACAAACUUGCAAUCGUACAUAAUGUUUGAAGUGUUGGAGGUUUCAUGGGCUAAGUUCUGUAACGAAAUGGAAAUAGCUAAAGAUCUUGAUGACCUAAUUGGUGCUCAUGAUAAAUAUUUGUCAUCAGUUAUUGAAAAGUCACUUCUUGGAGAAAGUUGUGAAGGUGUUAAUAAGACUCUGUUGAUGUUGUUUGAUGUGAUGUUGAAGUUCAGUAGUGUUCUUGAUAAGCUUUAUGAAGGAAUUUUUGGAUUUGGAAGUGAUAAAAAAGGUAAAGGUUCAAAAGGAACAGAUUCAUGGGUUAAUGAAGGGAGAAAAGCUGUAACACAACGUGCUGGUGAUUUUAUAAAUAAUAUUGGACAUGAUUUAGAUGAGGUGUCAAAAGAGUACUUUUUGUUAUUGAAGGGGUUUAUUUGUCAAUUGCCUAUGCAACAACAUGUUGACUUGAAAUUCCUCAUGUUUAGGCUAGAUUCAGGUUAUUAUUAA